AUGUCAACAAAGCUAUUCUUCUGCCUUUUAUUCGGGAAUUACUUGAAUUUCGUUACCGAAGAGCUUAAGGAUCCGUAUAAAAAUCUGCCCAAAGCAGCACUCAUUGGAAUUUUAAUCUCCACUCUGGUCUAUGUGUUGACAAAUAUCUCCUAUUUUGUGAUUCUCACACCCGUUGAAGUUCUGUACUCUCCAGCUAUUGCUAUGGUAUUCGCUAAUAAAGUUCUCGGUAUAGUCGCACCUUUAAUGCCUAUAGCUGUAGGUCUAUCCACUUUCGGCAGUGUCAACGGCAUUAUUUUCACAUCAGCCAGUAUUCAAUAUUCAUGUAUACAUAUGGCCACACAUUCGGGCCGUUGUUUCUUCUUGACGUACAUCGAAGGCAAUGGCGAGAGUCAGGCCCUCGGCUUCCGACUGGAGAGCGCUCUCACGGCUAAUGCUAUUUAUAGAGCGGUCACCGAAAAGCAUGCAUUUUAUAGCUGCGAAACUGUGAGGAAUACUGUGGCCACACAAUUCAUUAGAGACCUCAAGGGCACUAUCAUCUCAUUAUUCAACGAAAACACCACUUUAGGCAAGAAUUAUGUGUUCGAUAUCAGGAGGACGUGUCGGGAAGUCUAUGAUCACACCCGACGAGAGCUCUACCAAUUGGAAGCCAUCGCCAAAUCUGAAGACUCCUCUCAGACGGAAAGUCUUAAAUCUUUAGGUGAUCUCUGCCUUGAAUUUGAAUCCAUUGCCAGUCAUCCGCAUUUGUGUAGGAAAUCUGAAUGCAAAGAUAUGAAGGAUCGUUUGGAUGCCUUACAGGACUCGAUGUUAUGUCGGAUCUGUUUUGACAGCGAAGUGUGCACUGCGUUCAACUGCGGACAUGUCGUGUGCUGUGACUCCUGUGCCCCUCUCUGUGAUCGCUGUCCUCUUUGUCGCAGACCUGUUAGUAGUGUUCAGAAAAUCUAUUUACCUCUCAGUAGAACUGGUUUACAACAAACAGCUAAUUGUGACACAAAGUGUUGACUUUAGAUAAGAGUCGACAAUAUUUUUAU